GGUCACUUAAACACCCAGACCACACUCUCCUACCCCUCUCACCAGCUAUAUAAACUGAAGAGUGAGGUGAUAUCUGCACUAAUACCAUUCUGCUCCUGACCAUCACUAUCUUCAUCAUUCUCUUCAACAUCAUCAUCAUCAUUAUCAGUCAUGAUCUCUCGUUCUCUCCUGCUGGUUCUGCUGGUUCUCGCCUGCCUUCAGUCCUUCACAACGGCCCAGAAUGUAGAUGGACCAGAUCAGUGCUGUUUCAGAUUUCAGACACAACCAAUCCCUGUAAGAGUCAUUACAGAUUAUGAAGUAACAGAUUAUAAGUGUACAAAACCUGGAGUCAUCUUUACUCUACAGAACGGUCGUCUUGUGUGUGCAGAUACCGGCAUCAAGUGGGUGAAGGAUCACAUGAAAAGAAUUGACCAGCGUCUGUUUAACAGUCUGAAAAACACUGACGGUGAGUGA